AUGGCUACACCGAGAUCUGUCAGAGAUCUUGGACGUGACUUUGAUAGAUACUACAACCCAUUCGAGACACCCAGCCACUCAACAACUGAUUUGACAGCUUUGCUGCCACGCCGCAAUUCUAUUGACAGUAGUGGGUACGCAGAUGGAGCUUCUCGGCCAUUGUCGCGACGAAACUCGAACCCUUUUGCCGACGAAAGUCAUCCUUCGAACCAUCUUGCGACAGCGGUCAAUCCAAGAGGUGCUUUCGUUGAUGAAAAAGGCGCAGACACGCCGUUCUUCCCGUAUCUCGACGACAGACUCGGCGCGCCAGGUACAGAAGCGCAGGGCUACACAUUUCCCUUGUAUUGGCACGAGAAAGAGUGGGACGAUGACAUGCAUUUGCCAAUGGUCGACGACGAUGAGAAAUUCAAACCUACGUUACGAGAUCGUUUCUCGCGAAAGAAUCUGCGGGAUGCAUUCGGUCUGGCAUUCAUGAUAAUCGGUCUUCUUAGCGUGUUCAUCAUGUUGCCGGUGCUUAGCUGGUCGGGCAUAAACAUUAUCGGAUACAACGAUACACCACUGGACCAGAUGUGGGGUUAUGGCGAUAAUGAGGUGACAUGGGCAACAGUCAACGCGAGUCGAAAAUAUCCGCUUCUGAAAAACAUGCGUACCAGCCUGAUCGACCCUGACACGCCUAAGACCGAGAGAACGCGGAUUGGCGUCAACGGAGAUACGCUUAAUCUGGUCUUUAGCGAUGAGUUCAACGAUAUCAACAGGACGUUCUAUGCUGGCGACGAUCCAUAUUGGUACGCUCCAGACUUUUGGUACGGCGCAACCAGAGAUCUCGAAUGGUAUGAUCCAGACGCCGUAACCACAUGGGACGGCGCUCUACAUCUCCAACUGGACGCAUUCGGCAACCACGGUCUCCAAUUUCGUAGUGGCAUGCUGAACUCGUGGAAUCAACUCUGCUUCAAGGGUGGAAUGAUGGAGGUCUCGGUCAGUCUUCCGGGACCUGCUGGUAUUCACGCUCUCUGGCCUGGUGUGUGGAGCUUGGGCAAUCUCGGACGACCGGGAUAUCUGGCCACGACAGAAGGGACAUGGCCUUAUACAUACAACGAAUGCGAUGCGGGUAUAACACCCAACCAGUCCGACAGCAGUGGCAUGAACAAGCUGCCAGGACAGAGGCUCGCCAACUGUGUCUGUCCGGGCGAAGACCAUCCUACUCCAGGCAAAGGUCGAGGAGCACCGGAGAUUGAUGUGAUUGAAGUGUCUGCAGACUAUGGCGGUAUGGGUCUCGGUGUCGCGACUCAAAGUUACCAAAUUGCUCCUUUCGAUGUUUGGUGGUACCCCAACGCAGAGUUCAUGGAAAUUCCGGACUACACACUCUCUAUGCUUAACACAUGGACUGGAGGGCCGUUCCAACAAGCAGUGUCUACAACAACGAUGCUGAAUAAUAAUUGGUACGAUGGAAAAGCAUAUCAGCGCUAUGCUUUCGAGUAUGUUCCUGGAAACACAUCGGAGAGCUUCAUCGCGUGGACGGUGGCCGGGCAGGAGAUGAUGAAGUUCGAUGCCAGAGCCAUUGGGCCAAACGGCAACGUUGGACAGAGAAUAAUCAGUGAAGAGCCCAUGUCGAUGAUUCUCAAUCUAGGCAUCUCUGAAAAUUGGGUCGCGAUCAACUGGUCGGCUGUAUCAUGGCCAGCGAUCAUGCGUAUCGACUACGUAAGAAUCUACCAGAAGGAAGGCGAGGAGAGUGUGACGUGCGACCCUCCUGGCUUUGAGACUACAGAGUAUAUCAGAAACCACCCGGAGGCUUAUAAUAAUCCUAAUUACACUACGUGGGCAGAUACUGGGUAUGCGUGGCCGCGGAACUCAUUGAUGCAUGGAUGUUGA